AUGGCGGCUGUAGGUGCCUCUGUUUUGAGGCAACACGCGCAUUUCGUAGUCUCUCUCCGAGCUGACGACCUUCUAGUGCUGCUCACUGACUUGCGCAGCACAAGCAGACUCGUUCGACGCGUCUUUGAGCUCGCUGUACAAGGCGGUUGCCGCAGCCCUGAGAGGACCUCUGCGAACACGGCAUCGACCAGUGCUGCCACGAGGCCGGACGGUGUUCCCACCAUCGCGAAGGAGAGUAUUCAGAUGCUGGACAUGUUGUUUGGAAACAUGCUUCAGUUUGUUCAGCUUGCAGAAAAUGUAGCUUCAAACAUCUUGCGCCGGCUGCGAGACACCCCUAGUCUGCUCCAGGCGGCGACCACCGUGACAGCACUGCAUGCGGCUUUGGAGCUCUGCGAGCCCAACAGGAGGGAUCAGACCCGGGCGACCAACAAGCAAUGCGGCGGAAGCGGAGAGCACGAUAUAGCCAUAGAGGACGUUGCAUGGCUGGAAGAGGCUCACGGUUACACCGCGACACAAGGGGGACUGCGUGACUACCUGCACAAGAUGCCACAGACAGAAUCGGCUCAGCGAGGCGUUACACGCACCUCCAAAGCUCCAGGGAACCUGCACAAGGCGUCUCGGGAGGGACAUGAAGAUCGCCGACGCUUCGUAGGCCUUUCAUACGACACGGUGGAAACGCUUUGCGGCCCUUUAGCAUUUUACCGCAUUCCUGAGUUUCGCGUACGCCUGACAGAGCUGGCACUGCUAAGCGCAACGUAUCCUCAGGCUCUGAGCGAUGCGUCUGCUACCUCUGAGGGUGCGCUGCCUGCUCUGGUCGAAGGACAUGGGCGUUUCGUGCGAGAUGCAGUUGGGAGAGUCAGCAGCAGCUCACUGUACUCUGGAGACUCGCCUGAAGGAUGUGCCCUCCUCAGCGAGUGUAGACUUCCAGUACGGAAUGAAAGAGAAGGCAUCGGCGAAUCUGCAUCAGCGUCAAGCUUGCCAUAUGUGAACGAAAGCACUCCAAGAGUAAAAAGUCGAACGUCGAGCUCGAAGCUAGGGAUGGCAGUGCUUCGAGCCACGCUCGAGAGCGACGGCAGCUGCCGCGAAUGGGAGGUUCGGGAAGACGGUGCGGAAACCCAGGGCAUCUUUCACCGCACACUGAAGCCAUGCAUGCCUUCGGCGAUGCGAAGACAGCAGCUCGCUGUUGCGAGGUCUACUGAGUGGCUGAUUGUUAUGCAGGGCACAACGGGCUCACUAGACCCUGGCAGGAGUACCGCAGAAACCGCAAGCAGAGUAUGGGGAGAGCCACAUGAAACAGGACGAAGAAUGACCCUGGAGCAUCGAUCGCUCGACAGCAUCGUCACGAGCUUGCUGAUGCUUCGGAUGGUGAAGGAGGAUGCUUCAGUAAGUAUGAUUCUCGAGGGCAUCGCAGUUGCUGAAUCAGCGCUGGCGAGUGUGUUGCUGUGA